GAUCUGAGAUGUCAAUCUUGGAUAUUGAGGAAAUUGGACAUGUGGAAAUCAAUGUGGUGCUUAAGGCAGCUCAGAGACAUGAGAUUCUCAUGGUCUUCAUGGAAGCAUCGUGGUCAUUAACGGAAGCAACGACUGCCUGUUUGUUUGGAGUGCGGAAGCAGUGCAGUGAUAAGAUUGAGCAGCUGAACAACCUUCCAGUAUGGCAGAAGAUCGCUGAAGGCGACAUUCAUUUAGUGACCCAGAAGGACAUCCAGCAGCUGUUCAGCGUCAUGGACGAUGGCCGCAAGGGCUACGUCUCGGGCUCGGAUCUCAUGACGCUGCAGGCCGUGGAUGCGGCAAACCUCUCGGAGCACGACCUGCAGGAGUUGGUUAAGGAGGUGGAUAAAGAUGGCAACAGCAAGUGCUCGCCCGAGGAGUUGUAUCAUGCGAUCACCUCUGGCGCUAUCGCCUUCAACAUCGUCAAGGAAUCCCUACGGAAGAAGGAAAUCGAGGUGCGAUCCUACAACUGUGACAGGGAGAAGUUGCUGGAGUGGAUGAAGACUGAGUAUGAGACUACAGCUGCAUUGUGGUCCUUACCUAUGACCAUUGGGUCCUUCAUCACCUUUGCCCUGGUGGCCAACACGCACAUCGACCUCUUCAAUGCCUGGAGGGUCCACAACGCCUUGCAAGAGCAGUUUCCGGUCAUGACUCUGCCGUACAAGUUCAAGGUGGUGGAUAUUCCCACUUUGAACAAAUGGACAGAGGACUACUACAUCCCCACGGUCUUUCGUCAGGAUCCUGUCUAUGACCCGAUCCCUGGAAGGAUCGCCCACCACAACCAGGUGGUCACAGGUAUCCGUUUUGCGAAGUUCUUUCGGGACCCGCAGCCGUGCCCUUUGGACGAGGUGCUGUCGCGGGUCUUCAACUCCGUUUCAGGCAAUUGUUACUUCGAGGGUGAGUUGAAGUCUGACUUUGUGGUCUUCCCGUACCAGCUGGAGAGACCUGUGCUGCUCGAGACCUUCAAAAAUAUGACUCGCCAGCCAUGGCUAGAUGAAGCAGUCGAGAGGCUCGAGUAUCAGGUCUUCACGUACAAUGCCAUGGUGAACUUAUAUACCUUGGAGAAACAGGAGUUCACCUUUGAACUUGAUGGCCGCCUGAUUCACAGAUUUCAACACGAGUCCUUCAUUGCGGAACCUUAUUUGUCUGUCUUAGCCUUUGUUCCGGACGUGGCCUUCUUGUUAUUAAGCUUACGAAGUGUUUACGUGAAUCUCAAGGAGGUGGUUCCUGCUCUCAUGGCGGGACUUGAUGGACUGAUCAACUACCUGACCUUCUGGAAAUCUGUGGAAUGGAUUUCACUGCUCUUUGGUAUCGGCUGCUUCAUCUUGUGGGUGACAGUCUACUUGCAAAUCACCGUGGAGCUUCCAGAGGAGAUUGCAAAGUUGCCCAAACAGGACUUCGAUGAAGCAGUGCGUGAGAAAGGCCAGUAUUUGGACCUUGUUGAGUUGCAACGGAUCAUGAGCAUUCCACGGAUCGCAGCUGUUCUGAACGACAUCAUGACUGUGGGCAAUAAAAUCCGCGACAAUCACGAGUUUAUGCGAAACUUGUUCGCCCUGAAUUUUGUGGCCCUGAUUCUGCGCUUCUUUAAGUCGUUCACAACAAAUCCGCGACUGGACGUGGUGAUCCAGACCAUCGUUGAUUGCACACCCAAUGUGGCACAUUUCUUCAUCGUGUACUUCUCCCUGUUCGUUUCCUUUGCAUUUGCUGGACAUUUCCUGUUUGGCAGCAUUCUGGAAGGAUAUUCUACAGCUUUAGCUUCUCUCUUUACCCGUUAUCGGAAGUCCAUGACCUUUGAGGUUCUGAAUGAGAUGCCGGUGGGACAUCAGAUUUUAGGCUAUACCUGGGUUUGGUCUUACCAGCUGCUGAUGCCUUCAUUGAUCUUAAGUAUGUUGAUCGGCAUUGUCUUCGGAAGCUACUACGCCAUUCAGAGUCGGGUGGGUGAGCCCGUGACGCUAUGGACCCAGGUCCGAAAGGCCAUACAGACUGCAGCCGAAACCAGGAACUUCAUGAGCUUGUGGAGCCUGAUCGUCUCAUUGGAAGAUGAUGACUAUCCUGCGCACCCGCAGAAAACGGUGACUGCCAAAUCGUUGAAGAAAGCCUUUGAAAAGGAGAGGAUGACCCGGCAGAAUGCAGAAUACCUGGUUCGAAAGGGUGUGGAGUACAUCAAAGCGAAUCUGGAGCAACCAGUUCUAGACUUGCCAGAUGCUGUGAAGAUUAUUGGGAAUAGUUUCAACAUCAUGCAGAAAAACGAGGAGAUCUUGGAGCAAUCCGUGAUUGUCCCCCAGUCUGGCCCGGAUCACGAUUUCCACGCAGUGGGAAUGGUGCAAUCGGCCCGUUCAGCACAGGUGAACAACCCGAGUCAUGAGGAGAGCUCAAGCUCCGACAAUCCAGUGGAUGUACUGGAGAAGGGCAUCAUGAAUCUCACCGACCUGUUGGCGGACCUGCAUCAUUCCCACAAUGCGGCCCUUGAGAACAUGAAGGCCAAAGUGGUCCAGGAACAUCGGAUGACUCUACAACGGCAGCAUCGAUUGAAGGGCCACCUGGACGAGUUCAAGAGCCGCGUGGUCCGAGCACAGCGAGGUAUUGGGCGGCUCAAAAGCUUUGUAGAUACCGCCGAUUUUGGUGGGAUCGCCCAUAUUCCUGAACAAAUGGAGAAUGAUUUGAUGCGCUGCUUUGGCUCUCGACCUGCCUUGGCACGGGAGAAUCUGUCGCCGAGCGAGGUGAAUCACCUGGAACGGCAGUGUCAGGAGCUGCUGAAACAACUCAAUGAGCUCUCAGGGGAGUUCAGUAGUUUAGUUGACCCUUGGCAUUAA